CGGCUGUUAGCAGCAACUCCGAGGGCAAGAAGGGCUGCCUCUAAUGCAGUACGUGCUCUAUCAGAUGGUGGAUUUCUCAGACGCAGAGACUGGGUCUCAUUCAUUUCAUCCUUUGAUGCGUAAUCACUGACCCCCAUGGGAGAACUCUAUAAAUGUUUACUGAGCAAUUAAGUCACUGUCAGAUUUAGCCAGUUUCUGAUUUAAAAACAAGCAAAACAAAAAACGGCCCUCCAAAGACUAUCGUCAGUUUCAGGAUGGAGUCUCUGGUUGCAGCAAACACCAAAUUUGGCUUUGAUCUUUUCCAGGAGAUAAGCAAAGAUAAUCAUCAUAAAAACUUCUUCUUCUGUCCUCUGAGCCUCUCAGCUGCCCUUGGCAUGGUCCGCUUGGGAGCCAGGAGUAACAGCGCACAGCAGAUAGACCAGGUUCUACACUUCUGUGAGUUUUCCCAGGGUGAAAGAAAGGAACCUGAUCCCUGUCUGAAAAGUAAAAACCAAGAAGAACUGGCAGACAGCUCUCUGGAGGGGCAGAAGGGAACACGGGAGUCUCUGACUCCACAGGCUGCGUCUUCUAAUGAUGAGAACGGACUGCUCAGUUGCUACUUCGGGCGGCUUCUCUCCAAGUUAGACAGGAUCAGAGUUGAUUACACCCUAAGUAUUGCCAACAGACUUUACGGAGAGCAAGGAUUCCUCAUCUGUCCGGAAUACUUAGACGGUGUGAUUCAAUUUUACCACACGACCAUUGAAAGUGUUGAUUUCCGGAAAGACACCGAAAAGUCCAGACAACAGAUUAACUUUUGGGUUGAAUCUCAAUGCCAAGGUAAAAUCAAGGAACUCUUCAGCAAGGACACUAUUAACAGCGCAACUGUGCUGGUGCUGGUGAAUGCUGUUUACUUCAAGGCCAAAUGGGAAAAAUAUUUUGACUGUGAAAACACAGUGGAUGCACCUUUCUCUCUAAAUGAGAAUGAAAAGAAGACCGUGAAGAUGAUGAAUCAAAAGGGCCUAUUUAGGAUCGGCUUCAUAGAGGAGCUGAAGGCACAGAUCCUUGAGAUGAGGUACACUAAGGGGGAGCUCAGCAUGUUUGUCCUGCUCCCAGCUUUCUCUGAAGACAACUUGAGGGGCCUGGAAGAGCUUGAAAGGAACAUCACCCAUGAAAAAAUAAUGGCCUGGAGCAGCUCAGAAAAUAUGUCAGAAAAAGCAGUAGCCGUCUCCUUCCCUCAGCUCACCCUGGAAGACAGCUAUGAUCUGAAUUCUAUUCUACAGGACAUGGGCAUCACGGAUAUCUUCGAGGAAAGGAAGGCUGAUCUUACUGGCAUCUCUCUGAGUCCCAAUUUGUACCUGUCAAAAGUUGUCCAUAAAACCUUUGUGGAGGUGGAUGAAAAUGGCACCCAGGCAGUAGCCGCCAGUGGGGCUGCCAGCAUGGAAAGGUCCGUACUGUCCUGGGUGACGUUUAAUGCCAAUCACCCUUUUUUCUUUUUCAUCAGGCACAACAAAACCCAAACCAUUCUCUUCUAUGGCAGGGUCUGCUCUCCUUGAAGGGAGCACGCUGUCUAGUGCCGGGGAGCUGGAAGAAAAUCGCAGUCCAGUCUCCCCCUAAAGGAACGUGUGCGUUUGUGUUCUUGCUAAUAACCAAAGCUGACUGACUCCUAUCACAGCUCCAUUGUCCUGAUCCUUCUUUCACCCUGUAGUUGACUUUCAACUGCGUCCAUUAGUGUCAAAGGCCCUUUCUCUCUCCCUAACCUUUCCCCACGCUAAGCUUUCAAGCAUAUAAUUCACCCUCUGUCACAGGCAGGUCAACAUAAUCGGGCAUGGUACUGACUUUAAGUUCCCUACCUCAUUAUGAAGGAAUUCUGAAAGUUCAAGUCAUUAGGACACUUCUGAGAGAUAACAGACUCAGAAACCACUUUAAUGUGGGUGGCAAGAAGAAAUGUUUAAAUGGAAUGUGUGUUGGAAACUCACCUCUAUUUCUACAGCUGUUAAAACCAUGGCCCAUCUCUGGGCAAGACGCCUUGCCUCUUCCUCAGCCAUCUUCUUCUACUGCAUGGGAAAUGCCCUGUAAGAUGCUUCUCAACUGGGAGAAAGUAGGGCCUGGGGUGGAUUUAAGUGGGAGCUCAAGGACAUAAGCCUGCCCUGACCAGUACUCAUUCUGCCCAGGAGGAUAGUGUUUGUCCUGUGAAUCUGAUGUUGACCCAGGAGAGCUGCAGUGCAUUUAAAAAUUAGUCCCAGCUUUCCUUAUUGAGUCUCCUAGGCCAUCAUCAUGAAGCACUGUCCUCUGUGUCUUCUUCACCCCCUUCCUCAUAGAAUUCUCCUCUGUAGUUAACCCUAAGUACCCGGCAUGCACGGUUGCAGAGGGGAGACUGCCCUCACUGUUGACUGCUGGGCUCCCUGUUCCCCUAUCUCUGUACUCCAACCACAUGGACCUGUUUCCUCUUGGAGCCCUCAUGCUUGGUUACAACCUGAGAGCAGGCCUGGGUCUAGGCAUGAUGCACCUGGAAACCUUUGUCAGGAAGACUCUCAACUUCACAUCAGGCUCUAGUCUACUGAAAGCCUAAUGCCUACGUGUUCAUAAGUCCAGGACCGGGGACCUUAAUUCUUUGAUACGUCUGUCUGAAUUCUGCCUUAGCAGAAUGCUCUGGAAUGACUGCUAACAAUGUCUAAGUCAAAGACCUAGACAGUCAUACUGUCAAGGUGUAUUUCUGGUCUUGGGUGAAGUUCCAUUUCCCCGCCCUGCCCUAUGACUCCCUCUUCCCAAUUGCCACUGUGUUGGUUAAGUGUGGCUGUAGCAGCUUUGUAGGAGAAGGUAGGUUAAGUUCAGCUGCUGUGAUGCUGGCCCCCUCUCCCCAGUUCUCCUCUACAUUCAUGGUUUCUUUGUGCUGUGAGCGACAAGUUCCAUGCUCUCCAUGCAGUCUUCUCAUUGUCCAAGGUGGUAUAAAAAUUUCUCAUUGAUUGUGUGAGAUAGUUUGAGGUGGCUCCUCCAAGUCCUUUCCACAGAAUGCAUGUUUCGUGGGUCAAAUUUAUGUCAGAUAAUCAAAUACAAAGUCUCUUCUGUGGUUGCUUUUGGGGUUGAUGUUUUGAAGACUCUGUGCCUGAUCUGGUAUCACUGCUGGAUGCUGAGUUGGAUCACUGUGGCCUACAUGAAGGUUUGGCACUGUCUGGCAUUGCUUAUGCUCAUUCUUUCCCUUGACAAACAUAUCUCAUUUGUAUUGGAGUCUCUCUGAAUUUUAAUCACAAAGGAAAAAUGUAACUAUUUACAAAUAUGAGAAAGAGUGAGAUUUUUAAAUUUUUCUGUAAAUCAGUAAAUAUAUUCUUUACUAAUCUUCGAUUGAUUAAAAUAUUUCUUCUUAGUAAAUAAAACACUUUUGUCAUUAGUUAAAAUAUGUGCAAUACGUUCUGUGCCACCUGACUUUUUUGGUGACAUAAGUCUAACUUAAAAUUUUUUUCAUCCAAAAAUAUAGAAAUACACAACCUACAGAACUAACAAUUCUUCUCACUUAUGUAGGAAAGACAUAUCUUAUGUUAGAGAAUCUGUCCCAACUUUUCACCAUGAUUACAUAUGAAGGCAUAUACAAAAGAUGAAGGCUUACAACAGCUCAAAAACUUUGAGUGAUAGCCAAUGGAUCAUCAUAUUUGGAAGACAUUUCUGCUGAGUACAGGUUAAGAGCUCUACAUGGAAUGGAAAAGUCUAGCCAAGGGCUCCUUGUAUUGUGCCACCCAUGUGUCAGUUUGCUUUGUUCCCUCCUGUUACUGCCUCCCCCCGGGUUCAGAAACAUAAGAGCUGUGUCCAUUUAAAUUCCAGACAUCCAUCUCUCUACUUUGUCUUUGCUUCCAUCUCCUAGCCUCUGCCUUUCUUUUUUUCCUUUUUAAAUGUUUAUUUAUUUUUGAAAGAGAAAGAGAGAGAGUAGGGGGAGG